AUGUCGCUGAAUGCGGAGCCAGCCGAGCCAGAAGAACGCGAGGUGCUGGGUCUCGCCCCCAAAUCCUAUGCCGACGCUGCCGAAGAGGGACCACAGCCAUCCGCAGAAUCACAUGUCAGCCCGACUGCCAAUGGCACCACCACUACUCACGACCAAAAUGGCCAUGGGCCGUGGACGAGGAAGAUGAGGGUGGAUGAGAUCAGGACCAAUGGCACGACAACGCCGCCGCCGCCGCCGCCGCCAAUCAAUCAAGACGAGGAGAAGCAGCAGCUCGAGGGUCUGGGCCAGGAUGCAUCGCCGCGCAGUCCAACGAUAAAGGGCCAUCGCCGCGUCGCGUCGCGAGGCUCCAACGCCUCAUUGGGGCUCAAGUACAGCGAGCGUGUGGGCAGCGAGCUGGUCGAGGAGAAGGCCAAUGGCCAUGGUGAUGUCCUCACCACGCUGGGCCCGUCUCCUGAGCUGGACAGACUGCCCAGGUCCGGCAUCAAGCGCCGCAACUCUGAGCUCAAGUCGGGACGGAAAGCGGGCGCUGGCUGGGCUACGAGCAAGAUCCGCUUCGCUCCCAUGAACGUCCCCCUCCAACGUCGCCUCCAAACCCUCGCCGUUCUCAUGCACACCCUCAGCAUAGUCGGUAGCCUCGCCAUCUACUUCUUCCUCUGCAGCAUUCCCCUUCUGUGGCCCUUUAUGCUGCCCUACACUGUCUACGUCCUCUUCUCCAACGCUCACACAUCUGGCGAGCUCUCCCUCCGCAGCGAACGCAUGCGCCGCCUCAAAGUCUGGUCCCUCUUCGCUUCCUACUUCCCCGCCCGUCUCCACCGUUCCGCCGAACUCGAGCCCACCCGCAAAUACAUCUUUGGCUACCACCCCCACGGAAUCAUAUCGCACGGUGCCUUUGCCGCCUUUGCUACCGAAGCCCUCGGCUUCUCCCAGUUAUUCCCCGGCAUCACAAACGCCCUCCUCACCCUCGACUCCAACUUCCGCUACCCCAUCUACCGCGAGUAUGCCCUCCGGCUCGGCAUGGCCUCGGUCUCACGCGAAUCCUGCCAAAACAUCCUCUCCAAAGGUGGGCCCAACGGCGAAGGCAUGGGCCGCGCCAUCACCAUUGUCGUAGGCGGCGCCCGCGAAUCCCUCGAUGCCCGCCCGGGCACCAUCAAACUCGUCCUCCGACGCCGCAAAGGCUUCAUCAAAAUGGCCCUCCGCACCGGCGCAGACCUUGUGCCCGUCCUGGCAUUUGGCGAAAACGACGUGUACGACCAGCUGGACACCGAGUCCCACCCGUAUAUCCACCAAUUCCAACUCCUGGUCAAGAAGGUGCUCGGCUUCACGAUUCCCUUUUUCCACGCCCGAGGCGUCUUCAAUUACGAUGUGGGCAUGAUGCCCUACCGCCGACCCAUCAACAUUGUCGUCGGUCGCCCGAUUCGCGUCGUCCAGGAGGAUCAUCCGGAUGCAGAGGUGAUUGAUCGGGUGCAUGGCCAGUAUGUGGACGAGUUGACGAGGUUGUGGGAGGAUCACAAGGAUGAGUUUGCGCGGAAUCGGACGGCCGAGUUGGAGAUUGUGGAGUAG